AUGACGAGCGAAACAAAAGUUCUUUGUGUUGCUGAAAAACCUUCAGUAGCCAAGGAAAUAUCUAAAAUAUUGUCAGGAAACUGUUUUGUAAUGAGAAAUUCCAGAAUCGCUUACAUUAAGAACUAUGAAUUCAAAUGUCAGUUAAAUAGUAAAGAAGUACAAGUAAUAAUGACCUCAGUUUGUGGUCAUAUCAAUGCACUUGAUUUUCCUUAUCAAUAUGCCAAAUGGGAAAGUUGUUCACCAGCCGUUUUAUUCGACGCGCCUAUUGUAAAAAAAAUCAUCGACAACGAAAACGCGGAAUCUAUACGAGAUAACAUUUUUAAUAUAGCGCAUUCCGUAACUCAUUUGAUGAUAUGGACCGAUUGUGAUCGAGAAGGCGAAAAAAUCGGUUCGGACAUUAAAGAUAUUUGUGUCAUGGCAAAUGCUGGGAUUACCGUAUCACGUGCGAGGUUUUCGGCAAUUAUACCAACACAAAUUAGGCAAGCAUGGGAAUCACCCGCACUACUUGACAUAAAUCAAGCUGAAGCGGUUAGCGCAAGAAUGGAAUUAGAUUUACGUAUUGGAUACGCGUUUACAAGGUAUCAAACAUUGGGUUUUAAACAAAUUUUUCCGGAACUUGGAAGGGAAAAAGUAUUAAGCUAUGGUUCAUGUCAAUUUCCAACUCUUGGUUUUGUGGUUGAAAAAUAUAAAGCUGUUGAAAACUUUAUUAGAGAAUCAUUCUGGAAAAUACAUGUAAAAGCCGAAAGAGAUAACAUAACGGUUGAUUUCAAUUGGGAAAAAGACAAAUUAUUUAAUGUAAAUUGUUGUAAUGCGAUAUAUCGUGAUUUGAUUAUGGAAGAACCGAUAAUAGCUCAUGUUAUACAAGUUGGAACCAAAGAAACGAAAAAAUAUAAACCAUACCCAUUGACAACGGUUGAAUUGCAAAAAGCGGGAUGUCGUUUUUUACAUAUUUCAUCUGAUGAAAUCAUGAAAAUUGCCGAAGAUUUAUAUAAUAAAGGUUUCAUAAGUUAUCCAAGAACGGAGACUGAUCAAUUUGAUGAUCAUAAUUUUAACUUUCAAGAAUUGAUUCAAGCGCAAACGCAGGAUCAAAGAUGGGGGGAUUUUGCGUCAAACUUGGUUGAUAAGAGAAUAACUACAAAGAAGGGUAGACACAAUGAUCAAGCUCAUCCUCCAAUACAUCCAGUACAGUAUGCUUCGGGAUUAAGUGGCAAAGAAAGAACGGUUUAUGAAUUUGUCGUUCGUAGAUUUUUAGCUUGUUGCUCUGAAGAUGCUAAAGGAAAUGAAACAACUGUUAAGAUCAGGAUUAAGGAUGAAUAUUUUACCGCCAAGGGACUUGUGAUUUCAGAUUAUAAUUAUUUAGAUGUAUAUCCUUAUGAUCGUUGGAAUGAUAAAAAUCUUCCAAAUUUCGUCCUUCAUGAAACGUUUACACCAAAGGAAUGCACGAUGGAAGAAGGUGAAACGUCACCACCAGAGUAUUUAACUGAGGCGGAACUGAUCAACAUUAUGGAUAAAAAUGGGAUAGGCACUGACGCAACGAUUCACGAACACAUCAAAAAAAUUAUUGAUCGUGAAUAUGUUGAAAAACAAUUUCAUGGAAACAAAACUUAUUUAAUUCCAACUAAUUUGGGGCUUGCCCUUGUUGAAGGAUAUGAUUCGAUCGACUUAAAUGAAUCUUUAACCAAACCUCUCUUAAGAGCAAAGAUGGAACAAAACCUAAAACAGAUAUGCGAAUCGACACGAGAGAAAAGUGAUGUAUUGACUGAAACCAUUAACAAGUAUAGAGAUAUGUUCACAAUGACUCAUAAUAAUUUGCAACGUCUGGUGGAAGGAUUUGCGAAAUAUUUUACUUUGAACUCUGAAUCAAAUGAUGUACAUAGGAUUUUUAAUAAUAUAGUUAAUGUUGAAAAUCCAAAGGUAGUCCGAUGGUGUCGGGAAUCUCAAGUUUCUAGGCCUAUGUAUUUGAAAAAUAUCCAAAGCAAUUGGAUCAUAUCGUGUAUUGAUUUUCCGAAUUGUAGCCAUGGUUUCUUUUUUAAUAACUCCAGUUCAAUAAAAAGUAUUACAACUAACAGUGAAAUAUGUACAAUAUGUUCGGGUAAUGAUUCGCCUAUUCAUUACCUUACUGUAGUGUUACGCAGCAAUAGGAUCAACAGGGGUUGCUUUGGGGGUUGUGAUGAUAAUAUGGAUAUGCUACUAUCAAAGAGCAGUGGUACCAGCAACAGACCAAAUGAUGGUGGAAGUAGGCGUGGUUCACGUAGUUCCCGUGGUACCAACGGUGAAGAGGCUGUUCGUGGUGGAACUCGCGGUACCCGCGGUUCUCGCGCGACUAGAAGGGGUGGAUACAAUGGAGGUCGAAGCAAUAAUUUAGACCGUAUGGAGAGCAUUCUGGAUUUCACACAAGAAUUUGACGUCGAUAAGCUAGACGAUGUCGUUAGGGCGUUUUACACAGGAGUUGGAGAAGAGCAAAAAAGGGCACAAACAGUGCUAACUCAGUUUCAAAAUCACCAGGACGCUUGGUUAAAAGUUGAUACAAUAUUAGAAAAGUCCAAAUUUACUCACACCAAGUUUAUCGCUCUUCAAAUCCUCGAAAAGUUGAUCCAGCAAAAGUGGAAAAUUCUUCCUCCCGAACAACAAGCGGGAAUUCGUAGUUUCAUCGUUAAUAUUAUCGUCGCUACAUCUGACAAUGAACAAACACUUCGAAGAGAAAAAACUUACUUGAGCAAGCUUAAUUUGAUCUUAGUUCAGAUUCUUAAACAAGAAUGGCCUCAUAACUGGCCACAAUUUAUUCCGGAAAUUGUUAGUACUGGUAGAUCUAAUGUGACAAUUUGCGAGAAUAACAUGGCCAUAUUAAAAUUGCUGAGCGAGGAAAUUUUUGAUUAUUCGGCCGAACAGAUGACACAGCUCAAAACAAAGAAUUUAAAGACGCAAAUGUGUCAUGAGUUUUCUAAAAUAUUUGAGCUUUGUAAUGAAGUAUUAGAAAAAGCGCAUCAACCAAGCCUAAUAAAAGCAACCUUAGAAACCCUUUUGAAAUUUUUAAAUUGGAUCCCUUUAGGUUACAUUUUUGAAACAAAUAUUAUAGAGAAUCUACGGACAAGGUUUUUGGAAUCUCCAGAAUAUCGAAACGUAACGUUGAAAUGUUUGAGUGAGAUAGGAGCGUUAAAUGUAAGCCACGAGUACGAUGAUAAAUUUAUAGCCUUAUUUAAUAUGGUUGUCACGGCUCUCGAAACUAUGGUACCGGUUUCUGCAGAUUUUUCCAUGAUAUACAAGAGUAGCAGUAAUGAAGAACAAGAAUUUAUUCAGAACUUGGCUCUGUUCUUCACAGGCUUUUUGAGUUUUCAUCUUAAGAUCAUGGAGUCUCAGCAGAACAAUCAGCCUCUUUUAAAAGCCCAUUAUUACCUUCUUAGAAUCUCGCAGGUCGAAGAACGCGAAGUCUUCAAAGUUUGCUUGGAAUAUUGGACCAAAUUGGUUGCCGAAUUAUACGAAGAAAUACAACAAUUGCCUGUCCUUGAUAUGCCUCUUCUUUCUCUUGCUGGCGUAUCAUCUCCGCCUUCUACUCUUGCCAAUAUUCCAUUGAGGAAGCAUAUGUACAACGAAAUAUUAACAACUCUAAGGGUCAUUAUGAUUGAUCGCAUGGUAAAACCCGAAGAGGUUCUGGUAGUCGAGAAUGAUGAGGGUGAAAUCGUGCGUGAAUUUAUGAAGGACAGUGACACCAUUACAUUAUACAAGAGUAUGCGUGAGUGCCUAGUAUAUUUGACACAUUUGGAUGUUCAAGAUUCAGAAAUAAUCAUGUCAAAUAAGUUAACUAAACAGAUUGACGGUUCCGAAUGGUCCUGGAAUAACUUGAAUAAACUCUGUUGGGCCAUUGGAUCCAUUUCUGGUGCAAUGAAUGAAGACACGGAAAAAAGGUUUUUGGUAACGGUAAUCAAAGAACUUUUGAGUCUUUGUGAGCAGAAACGUGGUAAAGACAACAAGGCUGUAGUUGCUUCGAAUAUCAUGUAUAUCGUCGGUCAAUACCCCCGUUUUCUCAAAGCACAUUGGAAGUUCUUAAAAACGGUUGUUAAUAAACUCUUUGAAUUCAUGCAUGAAACUCACGAAGGUGUGCAAGAUAUGGCUUGUGAUACCUUUAUUAAGAUCGCCCAGAAAUGUCGGCGUCAAUUUAUCUCACAGCAAGCAGGGGAGAAUACCCCAUUCAUAGAUGAAAUUAUAAGUGGAAUCGAAACCAUUACAAAAGAUUUGUCACCACAACAGGUUCAAACCUUUUAUGAAGCCGUGGGCUAUAUGAUUUCAGCACAGACAAAUAAAAAUGUACAGGAACGACUAGUGAUGAACUAUAUGGAACUUCCCAAUCAAGGAUGGGAUCGCAUUUUGGAAGACAUCUCAAAAGAUAUAAACGCGCUACAUAUUGCCGAGAACACCAAGAUUCUUGGACAUGUUCUCCGAACAAAUGUGGCAGCAUGCAAUGCAGUUGGAAGUGGAUUUUCUGUACAAAUAGCUAGAAUUUAUGUAAAUUUAUUAGAGUUGUAUAAAGCUGUUAGUCGCAUUAUUUCUGAUACUGUUGCGACAGAAGGUCUCAUUGCAACGAAAACACCUCGCGUGCGUAACUUGAGAGUAAUAAAGAAAGAGACUUUAAAGUUGAUGGAAGUUUACAUAACUAAGUCUGAAGAAACAAGUCAAAUCAUAACGCACUUAAUGCCACCAUUGUUAUCAGCAGUGCUCAUCGAUUAUAAUACUAAUGUCGAACAGGCAAGGGAUGCUGAAGUUUUAAGUUCAAUGGCGAAUAUUAUAGCAAAAUUGGGACCCGGAAUCACGAACGAAGUCCCAGCAAUUCUUAAUGCUGUAUUUGAGUGUACGUUGAAUAUGAUAAACAAAGAUUUCUCAGAAUAUCCCGAACAUCCUCAAUUUAAACUUAUAAUGGAUAGCAUUGUUUGGGCAUUUAAACACACAAUGCGAGAUAUUGCUGACACGGGUCUUAAUAUAUGUUUAGAGUUGAUAAAUAAUAUUUGUAUGCAAGAUCCCGCUACUGCCAACAUGUUUUAUCAGCAAUAUUUCCUAACUCUAGUAGCAGAUGUAUUGUUCGUCUUGGCAGAUACAGAUCACAAGAGUGGUAUUGUUCUUCAACGAAUGUUCAACCUCGUUGAAACUGGUGCGGUACAAUCUCCAUUGUUUAAUCCUACUGAAGUUCCAGACCCCAACAUGACAAAUCAACGGUUUUUGAGAGAAUAUGUGAUGAAUAUAUUGCAAAACGCAUUCCCUCAUUUACAAAGUGUCCAAGUUCAUUCCUUUGUAAUAGGGCUUUUUGAACUCAAUCAAGACAACACUAAAUUUAAACUACACUUGCGUGAUUUCCUAAUCCAGCUAAAAGAAUUUGCUGGUGAUAACGCUGAUCUAUAUCUUGAAGAACGUGAAGCGGAAGCAGAACAACGAAAGAAAACUGAGAUGGAGAAUGCUUUGAAGAUUCCGGGUCUCGUUAAACCUUCAGACCUUCCGAUGGAAGAUGAAUAA